CUCAACACUCGCACCGUCCUCAACAAGAAGACAUUAGUAGCAGUCGAGCACAGUCAGUCAGCGAUGAAGUGGAGCCUUCCAAAGAGUAUGUGAAGACUGCAUUCAACGCAUACGCAAAGUUCUAUGAGCCAUCCAUGAAACUCCUUGCUUAUCGUGCACAUGUCAUGUUAGUAUCUGCGUUGGUUGCAGUACAUGAAAGUCGGAAGGAGCAUGACUCUAACUUUCUGCCAACCGCAAUCAAUGCCCUGGAUCUGGGGUGUGGAACAGGAUUGUUAGCUGAUGCUCUAGAGAAGACAGAGCUUCAAUUCCAAAAUCUAACUUGCAUCGAUAUCUCGCAAGAAAUGCUGAAGAGAGCUCGAUCAAAACCGACUUACACUCAGUUCAUAGAAGGAGAUAUCGCCUCAUCCUUGAGAAGCUUGCAGCAACAGACCUACGAUCUUGUUGUUGCAGCAGACGUCUUGCCGUACCUCGCAAGGCUUGAUGACAUCAUGGAGCGUGCGCACAAGGCCCUUGUGCCGGGAGGAAUCUUCACUUUCACCGUAGAGGCUCUGGAAGCGCAUCUUCCUCUCCCGUACGCGAGCUCUCGCUCCGACGACCACGUUGAGAUCGAUGCUGGCGAUCCCCUUGACCAGGAGAUCCACACGAAGGGCUGGGCGAUCCUGUCCAACGGUAGGGUCGCGCAUGAAAGAGCUUACGUGGACAGGUUGGCUAGGAAGUUCAAGUUCCUCGUUGAGGCUGUGGGAGAUGGCCCCAUUCGGUGGCAGCGAGGAAAUCAGGUAGAAGGGCAUGUGUUUGUCCUCAAGAAAGUCUAGAUCGACGACCCUGGCCACUUGUUUGUGUAACUUUUAGCAUCAGUUCACGGUUGUAAAUACAGAUCUCUGCUAAUC